UUGAAGAAAAACCCAGCGAAUGGACGAUGACACGCUCAAGAAAAGAUCUCGCGAGACGGCGAGAUUACGUUUGCUUGUCAACCUAUAAACAACAUGGCGGCUUCAAGCGCCGCAACGGUAUAACCCAAGUAGGGGUUUCAUAUUAAAGCCACCAAUCUUUUAGCAUUUCCUCAGCUUAAUGUAGAGAGUACAAAAACACACAGAGGAACAUUAAACUUGUAUUUUGAGAUGGAGAAACAACAGCAUGGCGAUUCUCUGCGAAGUGGUCAUCGCACUGUUCGCAUCAAGACGAAUCGCCGAGAAGACAUCAGUAUGUCGCGAGAGCUGGAGGACGUAAAUACACGGACAAUUGCUGAUAUUGCAACGAAAAAGCAACUGAAACAACUGAGAAAACCAACAGAAGAGGAAGUUUUCUUAAGCCAAAUGAAGACAGAGUUUGUGCCUGAACCACCCAAAAGAGAGCAGAAAUCUGUACCUGUGUUCCAUGAUGACAUCAAAACUAAAGACUUUAAGAAGGACCAGUACCUGGUGAUGCCAACGGUCCCAGCAUAUUCUCCAGUGGACGCUGGUCCAAAAGUCAUUCUUGAGUCCAGAUCCAGGAAAUACCCAUAUGUCCAUAAAAAAUUAACAACAGCUGAAGAAAUGAGAAAGCCAAAAGUGUCAACUGUCGGUGUCAUUCCAGUGAGAUCGAGUUCCGAGAUUCCCAACCUGCGAGUGAUGAUGGAAGGUGGGCCAGCUCCAGCUGAUGGAGAGGACCAGUACCUGGUGAUGCCAAUGGUCCCAGCAUAUUCUCCAGUGGACGCUGGUCCAAAAGUCAUUCUUGAGUCCAGAUCCAGGAAAUACCCAUAUGUCCAUAAAAAAUUAACAACAGCUGAAGAAAUGAGAAAGCCAAAAGUGUCAACUGUCGGUGUCAUUCCAGUGAGAUCGAGCUCCGAGAUUCCCAACCUACGAGUGAUGAUGGAAGGUGGGCCAGCUCCAGCUGAUGGAGAGGCACCUGGAAGACCAAAGCUGUACAAUACACCAGCAACUUCUUUCAUGGUGCCAAAAUUGCCUCUUGAAGAACUAGACACACAAAGGAAUGAGCAGACAGAGAGAGAACCUCAUGCGAAGGACAAAAAAAGAAAGGAGGGACCAAAAGUUGAUGCAGAGCCACAGGAAGACGAAGUUCAGCAGAAGAAACCAGCCAUUUUGCCUGGUAUAGGGACAUCAGCAACUGUCAAAUUCUGUGAGAGAACGAAGCCGGCCCCGAAAGUUUCGUAUCUCCGUAGUCUGAGAAAGCGUUCAGCAAAAUCAGCAAAGGAAGCAGCUCGUGCCGGUACAGCUCAAAGCUUCCAGUCCUCGCUGAUGAGCGGUGAGAUUGCCCUACCAGAUGAAGCAGUCUACAGUCAGUACGAUGAUGCCAUAGAUCACAUCGACGAUGAUGAUGAUGUAGAAACUGCGGUCAGUGUGGCAGAAAAGUCGCAGAGAGGUCAGCCAUCCAGGGAUGGUUCAGUGAAAUCCGUGCAAGAGCUACUGGAGGAAGCGAAGAGGAUCUCAAGCGCUGAGUCACAACCUCUGUACCUCCAAAACACCACUGACCCUGAGGUCAAGGUUGAGCCACCAGGCCAAGACACACUGGACCCCAAAGGGGGAGGUGGAGCAAAGGGCAGACGCAGUGCAAAGUCUGUCAGACUCUCAGCAAAGUCAACCAAAUCCGGAAGAAAAUCUGCAAAGGAGGGCAAACCUAAAGAGAGAAAGAAAAGUGCCUCCAAGCCAGAAGAGACAGCAGAAGCCAAACGAGGAGAGAGAACUGUGGAUGAGAUCAUUGCCAGUUUACGGGAUGAGUCGGCUUAUAAUGUGUACGUGGAGACAGAAGCUGAUCGCAAAAUCAAGGAGAUCAUGCAUCGAGUGAUGUCGAGAACGAAUGCAGCAUUAGCCCCCGACUUGGAGGACAAAGACAGAGGUGAAGCUGAGCUGGCUGAGGACACAAGCAUGGUGCCGGGAGAUGCAGAGCUCUUGGCCCCUCCUGGUGACCUUGAGCUUGGUCUGAGCCCAUCUGUCACACCAGAUUUGAAGUCAUAUCGGGAUGAGAGCCUCAAGGGAGAAGGAGAAGACGCUUUUGACGACGAGACAGCAAAAGACACAGCCCGUGACAGCUUGGGACAGGAAAUUUUGGUGGAGGAGAGUGAGGGAGAGGGUCUGUCACUGACAACAAGAACAACAGAAACCAUGCAAGCUCUCACAGAGGACCCAGAUGCGAUGGUUGAUGCUGAAGAUGAUGUGGAGUUCCAGCUUCAAGAAGACGAUGAUGAUUUUCUCAACCCUUGGGACAUUCAGCAGGCUUGGGAAGACUUGCUGGCCCCUCCUGAGGCAACGGCUGAGGAUGUCCUGUGUGUGCAUGGGGAAAUCAAAGACUUGCAAGGUCGCAAGAGUCCGGUGCCAGACACGGGUAGCAAAGUGAACGUGUUCGCUCCCUCUGUCUCUUUUCUGUCCACCUGGGCCCAGGCAGGGGCAAAGAGAUCCGAACCUGUGGUGAAACCCCCUCGCCAGUUCUCCAACAACAUCCACCACUUCUGCACCAUGACCAAGGAGUACCAGCUGCCAUUGUCGCUGGUGCAUGCUGGGAGGAAGUAUCAUGUCCCGGACAGGUUCCCCAGCGUGAUGCCAGACCAGCCGUACAGGUUUGAGCCAGGUGAGCCCAGAAUGCCGGAGAGAGAGCCGUCCACCACCAGCUCCAACACCAGGCUGGAGCGAGCGGCAGACAGAGUGGUGCAGGAGGCUAACAGGCUCGCUGAGAGUAUGGAGUUUGCUCCCUCCACUUUACUGGAGUGGCAGCAAAGGGCGGACAGUGUGCUAGGUGAAACAGAUUUGGAAGUGUCGGGCACCAAAGUGCCGCUGAGAACUGACGAGUCCCAGGUUUUCUGGAACCCAGCCCCGCCAAAACUGGGCACCAACCCACAGAAAGUGCGAGAGCUGUUGUUUCCUACAUACCAACUGGAAGAGCUGGACGAGUUUGGCCGAGUGAGGGCGCCAGUCGCUGCGGACGAGGAGAGCUCUAGCAGUGAGGAGGAGGAAGAGGAAGCCAUAGCACCAGAGGACAAGGCUGCCAUGGAGAGUGACCUUAGGGGACAGACUGGAGGACUCGCCAGUGGAGAUCCCCAUUGCGGAUGACAUCACUGACGUUGCCAGCACUGAGGCAGGGGGAGACGACACUCUCGGACCAGGACCUCUCGUAGCUACACAGACCUCUAUAGAGGGCGCUGUGGAUGGGGGACUGGAGGUGCCGAUGGAUCAGACAGUGGAGAGUCAGUCGGUGACGAUGGGCCCCACGGAGAGAGAUCCUGAUGGCCGACGACCGGGUACGGCACCCAAUCUCUUGGCUCACAAUGACGACACACUUAUUGUGCCGCAUGAUUUUAACACAGCCAUGCAUGAGAUCUCGGAGCAGCGACGUCUUCUUGAGCGGGCGAAAAAGCAGAUUCGUGUGCAGGAUGCUUUUGAGGAGCUGGAGAAGAUGGAGGCAGAGGAGGAAAAUGUGGUUCAACUUCCUGCCACAGAAGAGUAUGAUUCUCUCACCAUCUCCCACACUCCGAAACCAGUUGAAGAUGAACUGACUCCAGCCGAGAAAGCUCUCAUGGCUGGUCGCAACUAUGUGAUCUUGCCUAAGAAGAAAAAGAAAAAGCGGGGCCAGAGAACGAUGGACUUGGCAAAAAUUGAAGCAGCUGAGAAGAUGCUAACGAUGCGACCGCCAAACAAACUGGAGCGGCACGGCUCAAUGCCCAAACUCAACAAAGUGGUGGAGAGGGAAAUGAGAGUGCCAUGGCAAGUUCGUUCUUACAGAGCCAGCAUCCCCGACCUGCUUAACUUUGAGGAGUUCAAAACCAAGAAAAGAAUGCCUUCCGGUGAGGAAGAUAGAGAGUGGGUACGAGGAAUCUGGAACACCUGGUUUGACCAAGUCUUCCCUCCUACACCAGAAGAUUCUGAGGCUGAGGAGGAGGAAGAGGAGGCAGGCCAGCGCACAGAGGAGAACAAAGAUGAGAAGAAAAAAGGGAAGAAAGAUCCUGUCUCCGACAUUCUUUCUCAGGAUAUUGAGGCCAUAGACCCUAUUGCAGACACACCUGAGAAUGCUGAGAUUUAUCAGAUUCUGUUGGAGGAGAUAGAGAAACUGUCUCAAGUGAUCAACACCAUGUUCAAUCCGACAGCCUUUGAUUACUGCAGGCGUGGGGCUCUCUACAGAAAGAUCGGACAGCUGAAAAAAGCUGAAAUGGACCUCGAUAUGGCCAUCAGCCUAGAGCCGGACCUCCUAGAUGCUUACUGGCAUCGCCACCUGCUGUUCAUCCUACAGGACAGGAAGGCAGCUGCGCUGGAUGACCUCAAUUAUAUCAUGAAGAAGAACAAGAAUCACUCAGGAGCAUACAGAUCCAUGGCAGAGAUCUACAAGAAGCAAGGGGAUGUGACUAUGGCCAUCAUCAACUACUCGUCAGCUAUCAAGUUCAACCCGCUGGACCACGAGGCUCACUUCCAGAGGGCAGCGAUGUACGAGGAGAGAGGCGAGAUGUUGCUGGCCAUGGAAGACUACACCAAGGCCAUGAGGAUCAUGCCCUCCCGCACUGAUGCCAUCAUGAAGCACGGCAUGUACUACUUUGAAAAUGAGGUCUGGCAAAAUGCCAUCAACGACUUCACGGAACUGCUCAAAGUUGAUCCGCUGAACGCGACCGCCCACCUGUUCCGUGGACGAGCGUAUGCUAAGAUGAACAACUGGGUCCCGGCUGUGGAGGACCUGAGUGCUGCUAUACACCUGGACCCCUUCAACUGGCAGUCUUUCUACCAGAGGGCCUGCAUUCUCAGAAAAGCUCACCCAAAAAGAGCUCUACAAGACUACAGCGUGUCCCUUCUGCUGAAUGACUCAGAGGAGAAUGUCAUGUCCUAUCUGCACCGCGGGAUUUUGUACAAUACUCUGGGCAAGCCAGAAGAUGCUAUUCCAGACUUUGAGAGUGUGUUGAAACUGAACAAGGAAAUUGCUGCAGCUCAUGUCAACUUGGGACUUAUCUACAUGACCAAACAUCUCAACUACCACAGAGCAAUUAAGAAAUUCUCGUCGGCGAUCAAGGUGGACCCAACAUAUGUGAGGGCUUAUGUCUGUCGAGCUGAAGCAUACCACAAGAUUCAUGAGGUGAAGAAUGCCUUGAAGGACUUUACAAGAGCCAUUCAUCUACGGCCUGAUGUUCAUCAUUAUUAUAUGUAUAGGGGUCAACUUGUCUUGGAACUGGGUCACUUGGACCUGGCUGGUUUCUGCGUGCGACAUGCGUCAGAGCUGGGCAUGGACAACCCGACCAACACAUUCGGAGGUUCUCCCACGCAGCAGGCCGUGGUGCAGUCAUUCUUGAAGAAUUAUGAAAAGGCUGUUGAUGCCCUUCAACAAGCUUCUCGCCUCAAGCCUAUUGCCCCGUACUUCAUGUUGCUGGGGAAGACUCACAUGAAGGCUAAACAGUUCAAGGAGGCCGUGUCCAGCUUCAAGCAGGCCCUGGAGAAAAUGCGUCCAUGGAAAAAGCGCGACCCAUGGCCAGCGGAGGCAGCUGAUGCCCACUAUCUGUCAGGGCUAUGUCAUAUGGAACUGCGUAACUACAGCGAGGCUUUGAUGCAGUUCAACUUUGCCAUCAAGUUCAACCCGAGCUAUUCUGAUGCAUACUAUCAGCGCGGACUGGCAGCCGUCAAGAUGCGACAAAUGAAAGGAAUACAGGACUUCAACAGGGCCUUGGCUUUGAACCCAAAGAUAUUCCAGGCAUACCUGAGUCGAGCCUGCUACUACGGCAUGAAGGGCAAGUAUGCUAAGGCCAUCCUCAACUGUAACGAGGCCAUCAAACUACAGCCCAAAAGUGUGCGAGCUUUCUUGUACAGAGGGUCCUUGAAGUACCACAUCAAGGCUUAUGAGCUGGCCAUCUUGGACUUGUCCCGGGCCGCUGCUAUUGACACCCAGUGCCCGCUGCCGUACUUCAACCGUGCUGUUUGCUACCAUGAGAGUGGCCAGCACAACAAGGCACUGACAGACUAUGGCAUCGUUUUGUUACUAGGGAACAUGCUGGGACUUAAGGUCCUCAUCAACAGGGGUCUGCUGUAUUUUGAGAAACAGGACUACAUGAAUGCAUUGUUCGACUUCCAGGCUGCGGUCAAACUCAGCCCAUCGGAUCACAGAAUUCACCACACCCUUGGACUCUGUUAUCAUAAACUGAACCGUCUCAAAGAUGCCGUGGCAACCUUCACCCAGUGCCUGCAGCUCAAACCGUUCUUCCUGGACGGCCUCAUUGCCCGUGGCAAUGUCUUCAUGGAUUACGGCCACCAGCGGGGCUUGGAGUUUGCUCGUCGCGACUACCAGAGGGCGCUGCGCCUUGACCCUCUCUGUCUGCCGGCCCGCAUCAACCUGGCGUACACGGCUCAGGUCUCCGGGAAACUCAUGCAGGCCUGGAGGCAUUUCACUGCUGCCAUAGAGGUCAAACCAAGCUACAAACCAGCACUGGAGGGACGAGCCAUCGUGAACCUCCAGAUGAGCAGCACGUUUGCCGCACUACAAGACAUCAGCCAGUCCAUCAACUACGGGGCUACGGCUGAGCUACUCACCAACAGAGGGGUCAUUAAUCAGUUUAUGGGCGAGCGUGUGAUGGCAAUGCAGGACUAUCAGAGAGCCAUCAAGCUGGAUCCCAAAUAUAGUCUGGCAUACUUCAAUGCAGGAAACAUCUAUUUCCACACUAGGCAUUUCAAGCAGGCAUUGAGCUACUACAGUAAGGCCAAGGAACUGAAUCCCCAGGAUGAGUCUGCCUGUCUCAACAGUGCUAUCACCAAGGUCUUACUCCAUGACACACAAGGGGCCCUGGAGGACUUCAAGACAGCGGCCAAGCUGAGCCCCUACUCGGCCCACAUCUUCUUCAACAGAGCCAACCUGUACGCCUCUCUGCAGCAGUACGACCGUGCCGAGAAGGAGUACACCAAAGCCAUGAGUCUGAAGCCAGAUGAUGCGCUGAUGCUGAAACGACGAGCUGAUGUUAGAGGUAAACUGGGAAGGCAGGCGGAGGCCAUUGAAGACUACAGACGGGCUGUGGACAUUCAGACACGGCCAAACAAACUGGUCAAAGCUUGAGCUGGGAACAUCUGAACAAUUUAGCACCCUUGCUUCCACUUGUAUCAUGCUCAACAAAGUGGUCACUACUUAAGGUAAAAUAGUGGUUCUUAGCCUUAUUGGUGGUACUGAGCCCCACAAUAAGUUUCAUAAGCCCUUUCACUGAACCCUUAAUGUGGGCAAAAGGAACAGACACUCACUCAGUAAAUGUGUGUGUCUUGACCUCAGCCAAACCCCUGAAACUUACUCACCAAAAUCCCGGGGUUCGACCAAAAACAGAUUAAGAACCUCUGAGCUAGGACAUCUGAAGAGGACAGUCCAACAGUCUUGUAAACAUUAUGCAUCAUUCAUAUCCCUUGAGAGGUCUCGGAAUAGAAGGUUCAGUGAUUUUUCAACUUCACAUUUGCAGCGUGAGAUAUUUCAGUGUUAUAACCAGUUCGUCUUUGUUCCUACCGGACAAUUUUCAAGAAGAAACAUUGACAAUCUUAGAUACAUUUUAUAAUUCACUUUAACUAUUUCUAAAUCGAAAGCAAUAAUUGUAGCUUUUGCAAUGAAUAGUUUUUUAUUUGUUCUGAGAUGUUGCCUCCAUAAUGUCAAAAAGAGUAAAACUGAAGGGAAUGAUAAUUAUCUGUGAUGUGUAUAUUUUUCACAUAUUUGCAUUUCUUUUAUCGUGUAGAUAAUAUCAUACUGUAUUCUUAAUUCAGAAAUGAGAUAAUUAUUCAUCUCUUUACUUUCUGCGAAAUAUUUUUUUUCUGAACUGUUGCAUUAUUUACUGCUGGAAUGUUGGUUUAAGGACAACAAGCUUGAAAUCUUCUACUCAUGAAACUUUCAUUUAUACAAUCAAAUCUACUCUGGUUAAGGCCGUAUUUGUUUUACAACCUUUUCCAUCAUUCAAAAGUCAAAGCAAACAAUUGUUCCUCACAGUAAAAGGAAACAUUUCAAACAUGUUGCUUUCACAUUGUGUCCAUGUGGGUCAUGGGGUGACUGAAUAUUGUAUAUCUCUCUUUGAAGACUGAACUAGUCUUCACUGAACUCCUAGUUGAUAGUGGGCAACCCAUUAUCUUAUUCAUAAAAAUAAUUCAUAAGGAAGAUGUUUACCUGUUCUUAGCUUGAAAAACCUGUUUUGUUAUUUUAAAGAUAGUAGGCUACCCAAAAUAUGUAUCUUUUCUUGCUUUUUUCCUAUAUUGAGAAUUUGAAUUUUGAUAAAAUAUUUCUGGAACAUUUGCAGUUGAUACCACAUAUUAAGAAACUGCAAUAAAAUCAAUUCAAAAUUUUUGGCUUAUCUCAUCUGAACAGCUGGCUGAUGAUGUCUUUUGUAAUUGGUGGCCUAUAACUGUAAGAGUGUAAGAUGAUCCAGCUCGGAUAGGACACCUCUUGUCUUUAAAAGAAUUCUUAGUUAAGGCUGUGUUCAAGUCUGGGAAAAAAUGCGAGACAAAAAGUUGCACAUGACCUUAUGAAAGUUGUGAAAUAAAAGAGAGAAAUAAGCUGGGCCCUCUGCAUUGUCUGUCUAACUGGGCACCAUUAAGCGUCUCUUGGCUUAAACAUCCCCCCGGUCAGAAAAUGAUUUUAAAAAGUAGCGUCUGAAGAGCCAUAAAUGAGGCAAAGACAACACCUAAACAUCAGUAGAUAAACAUAGAUUUGCUUGUUUAAACGAAUGAUGAAACUUUAAGAGUGAAAAAUUAGGAUAACUUCCUUUGUUUAUUAAGGACAUGAAAUCAUGAAGUAAAAUAAAUAUCUCUUCUUUUUUUGAAAGACGUACAUGGAUGUAAUAUUAUAUCUCUCAGAAAAACAUGUUAGUACCAUUUCUUCAUGUGAGAGGAGACAGAAUAUAUGUAUGCUUUCACAUAAAUACUAUAUCUACAAAACCAGUAUUAUAGUGAAAUAUGUACCAUAUACUCAUUUUACUUUUGGUGAUUGAAAAAAAUUCCUUGCUUGUAUUGAUUUCAGGAUAUAUACAUUACAUCAGGAAAGUGGGGGGAAAAGGGGA